GCUCCUGAGAGAAUACGGGAUCUUCGGUCCGGAGCAGCGUUGUGUUGUUGUGUUCACAACCGACACAGCGCGAAGCUGCAAGUAGUAGUGAGAGGGAUGUCUCCAGAGGAUGAACCCCAAAGUCCCGCCCGUGUCUUCGGCUCUACCGCGGAGGACCUCACAGCGAGUUGUGCGGGGGGGCCAGACCGCUCUCAGGAGCUGGGGAGAAGAAGCGAGGCACGCAGCUGUCUCCAGAUCAGACCUCCAGAGGACGACCUCAGCUGUCGUGGAGCCUCUGCCAGGGGAACGAGCCCCUUCCUGAAAACACUGAUGGACGCGGAAGCAGCUGCCAACGCUGCAGCCGUGCAACUUGUGUCUUUUAAAGAUGCGAUGGAGGAUGAGUUUUCUGAUUCAAGGAGGUCCGCCACGGACAAGCGGCGAGCUGCGAGGCAGAGAGGCCUCCUGCUGGAGAAGCUGGUGGAUUUCAGAAGAGUAAAUAAAUCUGUUCGACAGAAACUGAAGCAGCUGCAGGAAGCAGAGGCUGAUCGAAUUGAUGCCAACCAACAUAUUGAGAUGUUAAUGAAGAGGAUAACACAGGCGGAAAGUGAUAAUGAGCGUUUAAACCGAGAUCUGACUGAGACAGAACGAAGAUUUGUGGAGUUGAUGGAUCUGCGGAGACAAGAGCAGGAGAACGUGAAGGCCGCCGCUCACGUGACAAAGUCUGUGGAGGCGACUCAGGCUCACCUGCAGGAGCAGCUACGCACGAAGGAAGCUGAGAACAAGCGUCUGGCUGCACAGCUGCGGACUCUGGAAAGAACCCGGACUGAGCAGAAGAUGGAGAUAAAGGAUCUGAGAGGGUCCGUCGCCGCUUUGAAUGAGAAGUCAGCACAGGACAAAGAAUCUCUAAAGAAAGCCACGCGAGCACAGAAACUGAGAGCCCAGAGAUUUGAAGCUGCUGUAGAGAAAUGUUAUGCACAGCUGAAGGAAAAGGAUGCUCAGCUGGUCGAUGCCCGUCUGGACAGAGACUCCAGGAGACGGCAGAAGGAGCAGCAGACGGAAGAGAAAGACAAGCUCCAGGCUCAUGUAGAGUUAUUAGAGAGUCAAAUCACGGAGUUGACAGCGAGGCUGCAGCAGGAGAGGGAUGAGCUGACCGCGGCUCAUGACACUGUGAUGCAACGUGUUGAAAAACUCUGCGCUGAAAACGGAGACCUCCACGUCAAUAAUGCAGCACUUGAGGCAUCAGUUGCUCGGUUGGAGCAGCAGCUGAAUGAUUGUGAGUCGGCUCUGGUGGAGGAGAAGCUCGAGUCGCAGGAGAGGAAACAUCAAGCUGAACAGUUUCAAUGUCAGGUCGCAGCACUUCAAGUUGAGCUCGAUGAAAUGAGGAUAAAAUAUAAAUAUAUUUUAAGAGAGACGGAGAAGACGAGGGAUGGGAAAGACACAGAAGUUGAGAAGGUGAGGCAGCGGCUCCAGGCCCGUGUGGACGAGCUGAAGCACUACCCUGAGUUACUGAGCGCAGCCGAGCAGAGUCUGUUUGAGAGCCGGGAGAAGCUGCGAAGCUCAGAGGGGAAGUGCUCAGAGCAGUCAGAGUCCGUUAGCCACCUGCAGGUUAAGGUGGGGAGUCAGACUAAAUUGCUGAGAUCAUCGGUGGAGAUGAAAGAGUCCAUUCAUGAGGCCAACGUCAAACUACAAGAGAGAAUCUAUUCUGUUCAAACGCAGAUGGAGAGGCUGCAGCAGGAGAACCAGGAGCUCGUACGGAGGCUGGCAGAUCAGGAGGAGGCUCUGAGCUACAGCAGCCGGCAGCUGGAUCAGCGCUCGUCGGCGAGUCAGGCCCUCAGCCGGCAGCUGGAGGCGGCCUUAUCAGACGUUCAACAGCAGGUCCAAAAAGUCAAAGACCAGAGUGUUUCCAGAGAGGGGAGUCUUCAGACUCAAGUCCUGCAGCUGGAAGCAGAGAAGAGCAGAAGAGAUGAAGAGCUGAGGCUUCUUCGCCAGAAAAAACUGACUGCAGAGCGACAGUUUGAGGUGCGUCUGAAGGACCUGCAGCUCAGCCUCGACCAAUCAGAGAGCCACAAACAAAGCAUUCAGAACUACGUCGACUUCCUGAAAAACUCCUAUAAGACCAUGUUUGAUGAGGGACUGCAGACUUCUACUUUUACAUCCUCAUAUUUUCUAAAAUAAUUCAGGGCUCAUAUUUUGACAUUGUAUUCUUUGUAUUUAUUUACGGGUUAACUUUAAUAUUUUAUUUUUGAGGUUUUAUUACCUCAAAUAAGUAAAAACUACUGAAUCAAUUUCCAUGAAACUUGGAUCUCAGGUAAGAGGCAAUUAAAUCUUGGUGUGGAUCCGAAUCAGAGGGCGAACCAGGAAGGUUUCCAUUGAUUUCUCAGGGAACACUUAAUUGAUGUUGAAGACAAAAAAGUCAGACAUGUUCAGGUGAUUGAAUAAAAUCUGGAUCUAGUGAUCGUAAAUGUUGGAGGAAUGCACACUACUAUGUGCCCUUCUAGUUUUUAUCGCUUUUAGAGGAAGUAAAAAGUUAUUUAUUUUAUUGCUCCGGCUUUUCUUUAGAUAACUACUUCUUGAUUUAACUGAUGAUCUGUGGCUGUUUUUUUUUGUUUUUUGUUUUUAUCUCCCCUGAUAAAUCUGCUGUUAUGACAGUUUUAUUUUAUCUCAUGUCCCAAGAUACUCCAGAGGAUUGUCACUUGUGUUCCAGGGUUCAUACAGUUGUGAAAAUCCUGGAAAAGUCAUGGAAUUUUAUAAUGUGUUUUUCCAAUCCUGGAAAAGUCCCGGAAAAAAAUUAAAUCCCAGAAGUAUUGGAAAAGUCAUUGAAAUUUGUUGUAUUCAUAUUUCAUGUCAUUAAUUUAUGCUGACUUUUAAAUAAUUCAUAUGCUUUUAAAGAAAUACUCUCAAAAUAUAAGCAUCCAUACUUGGUUUUGUGUAAUUUAAGGUAUACUGUAUGCCUUGGAAUUCUCAUUGUUAUUUUAAAUACUACAUUUUGUCACUUUUUGCGUAUACACCGAGAUUUCACAAAAUGUUUUCGGUCAUGGAAAUUUGGUUUAAAGUCAUGGAGAAGUCAUGGAAAUCCAUUGGUCAAAAUGUGUUUGAACCCUGGUGUAUGCAAAUCUUGGGCUUUGAGUUCUCGGUGCUACUAUACUGUUUCUAUUCCUCUACGAUACGGAGCCAGUUGCACUAAUGAAGUUAAAGAAGUAGCCAGAGCUUUACACUUGUCUCCGAUUGUCUAAAUGUUUCUUACUGACUUGUGUAAACCACAUUCCUUUGUGGGCAGUUACCUACUUGUUACAGCACAAGGUCGGAUGAGUGUGCAUUGAUCACAGAUCUUUGGUUUGUUGUCAGAGCCUCAAGAAGUCGGUUUCGACAGAAAGGGAAUUUGCCAAACAUUUUGACUUUUGAAGAAUUGCUAAAGUAAUUUAUCUCACAAAGCGUUUCGAGGUUUUAGAACUUGGUUACCUUUUGGGUUUUGGCUCUUAGUGAGAUAAAAACAAGUCAUUUUUUGUUACUGGAUGAUUUCCUCAAUUUCCACCACCUGAGAUUUCAUCGAUAACAUCAAAUAAAUAAAUAUAUCAGGUGUUUCCAGCCGGUAGAGGCAAUGUGCCACUAGGUGGAACUGUUUAGUUAAUCAUCUUUUCUCCCCUGUAAGAAUCUUCUUUACAUUCACACAAAGUUCAGUGUCUGUUACAUUAUGUCUAUUCUAGUGCAACUGGCUCCCAAUAAGAUAGCCUUGGAUUUUUGAAGCCAGUCAUCGGUUAACCAAUACAAUUUGUGCUAUGAAAACAAAUGUGUAGCUGCAUAUGCCCCAACCAAGUUCACAUGUGGUAGAAUAAAGCACAUUUAACAUGGUG